CAAGUAUCGUCCGUUUUUAGAAAAUUAUUCGCACACAAUGUUACAAGAAACGAUAAUAAAACCUACGGCAAAGCAUACUCGAGCAACACUUGCGUAUACGUAAAAAUUCAAGUUUCUCCGCGUGACCCGAUUUGUCAUGCAAAUUUAACAUAUUGACUAUCCGGAAGUUCAUCCAUACAUUAUCAUUUUUAAUUUUAUUAUCUUACGCUGCAGAAGAUAUCCCAGAUUUAUUGAUGAUCCCAGCUAAGUUUUGAUGAUUUUCUGCGAGCAGAAUAUUCAAAAUCAAAGUUUUCUUUGGUUAAAAUAUGAGAGGUUCAGGAAGGAUCUCCUGGACAUCAAGCAGGACUUGAAGCAUUCUUUGAUUUUAUUGUGGCAAUUGGAAAUACUCGUUUGGACCAAGAUAAUGAUACAUUGAAGGAACUUCUAAAAGUUGGUGUAAAUAAAGAAUUAAUAAUCACAGUUUAUAGUAGUAAAACACAAUCUGUAAGGCGAACAAAAAUUGUUCCGAGUAUGACAUGGGGUGGACAGGGUUUAUUGGGAGUCAGUAUACGUUUUUGUUCAUUUGAAGGUGCUAAUGAAAACGUUUGGCAUGUACUUGAAGUACAUCCAUCAUCUCCUGCUGAACUAGCUGGUUUACGACCUUUCACUGAUUAUAUUAUCGGAGCAGACUCCAUUCUCCAUGAAAGCGAGGAUUUAUUUACUUUAAUAGAGGCGCAUGCAUCACGACCUCUCAAAUUAUAUGUAUAUAAUACUAAGGAUGAUUCCUGUAGAGAAGUGACUAUUACACCUAAUAAUACUUGGGGUGGAGAAGGAAGCUUAGGAUGUGGAAUCGGAUAUGGAUACUUACAUAGAAUACCUGUCAGAAACGUAUUGGAGCAGAAACCUGCUAAUUCAUACACGAAUAUUCUUAAAACUGGAAUACAAACUCAACCGGCAACAGCAAUUACUACGGUUACCGUGACGGAAACCAAUCCGACGAUUAGUGUACCAAUCAAAUCAUCCGGAUUACCCGUUCCGCCGAAUUAUAAUGCCCCGAUGGAUAACUCGAAAAAUAUAAAAAGCGAACCGGAAAACAUACCUACUCAAAAUAUACCUGGACCAAGCGUUCAAGCGCAGCCAGCAAAUCAAGUCAAUUUCACUGGUGUUGUUGGUGGCUAUACACCAGUCAGUUCAGUUCCUCACAUGUUUCCAAGUCAACCUACCACCAGUUUCACACCCAGCACUUAUCCAAUAACUCCGAACAUUCCUGGUAUGCCAACUAUUGCAUCCCCACCGAAUGUUACCAAUUCUUAUGAAGUUUCAAUUACGCCGUCUGGACCGAUUAAUGCCCCAAUACAGCAGAGAGAGCAGAAUCCUGUCCAUAGUACGACCACAAUCAAUGUCCCAGUAUUGCAGAGAGAGCAGAAUCCUAUUCCCAAUGCAAACAUUACUACUGGAUUUAAUAUGCCUCAGUCUCAUGUUGUAACAACACCCAUCUCACUGCCAGGAAUGCCACCUAUCACAGUCACCGCCUCUCUCCCACAAGACACCUCCUUCUUUCCCUCUGUUCUUCAACAGCAAAAUCAAUUACCACCUGGUAUCAAUACUACUACCGUUGCUCCAACGAUGACAUCACCGACGUCAACUCAGUAAAGAACGUUCACGUUCUUAAAUAUUAAAAUGGAAGAGUAUAUAAUUUUCACUUUAAUAAAAUAUACUUUUAAGCAUGCCGAUUAAGUAAGAUCGAAUCUUUUAUCUGUUCUAAACUGUUGGAACAGAGAGAACAAGCCAGUAAGACUAAGGAUGGUAUUUAUAAUUGUUUCUUGGUGAAAAUUUAUUAUUUAUAUGUGCAUAUAUACAAAUAUAUAUUUAAUUUUUAUAUAUAUGCAUAUAAACUGUUUACCAAAGAAAAAUUAUAAAUGCCUUCCUAAGUUUUAUUUCUUUUAAUAAAUAUCGCGAAUGUGAUGAGCGUAAUAAAUUUUUUUAAUGUGUACUAAUAUGUACUAAAGAGAAUAGUAAUGUAAUAUGAUAUUGUACAUAAAUAAAAUAAUCGCAAAAUCCUAA